GAAAAAUUCCCCUCACUUGCUUUCGCACUGCAAAUGCAGGCUUCGUUUAUUCUGCGCGUAGACAUAUUCUGUUUUGUGCUUAAGAUAAACGAGUGGCAUUUUAAAAGCGUUUUAAAAUAACCUAGAAUCUUCUGUUUCGUGGCGAAUGGGUUUUACGCACGACAUUCGCAACGCUUGAUAAACUUGGACCAUAGGGAUACGUAAACGACGAUCGCACAUCUUGGCUGAGGUGCAGUUGCAACAUGAUUUUAGAGUAGGGAAAGCAAUUGAACGUCGCUACCAGAAGCCUGUAGAGUUCACGAUCAUUGGUUAUUAUUUGUAAAACUAGAUAAAUAUAUGUUGCUUGAUUUGUGUGGUUUUUCGUGGUCUCUAAAAUUUCGUUUUUUUGCCUGAGUUAAAAUGGAUGGCUGCAGAAUGACAUGGGAAUGGAUUUCUCGACUUUGAGGGAAAAGUUCCUUGGUCCUGAUGGAUUUGCUCUCGACUGCGGAAUUUCAUCUUUGUUGUAAAGUAUUUGGAUUGAUUGGUUGAAACGGAGGUUUGAGGGUUAGAUACCUGCCUCUGGGACGACAGGAGGAAAAACAUCAGUCCUAAAUCCAGUCCAGAAUUGUGUCUUGGGCGAAGGACCACGGGGAAAGAACACCCUAACAAGUAUUUGGCAAAGGCAAGUAACCUGGUGACGUACUUCAUGGAACUGCACUUGGAAGCGGUCCUGUUGUGUGUCCUGAUAAUGGACAGCUGUGGCUGGGCUGAGGCUGGUAUCCUCUACCGGGUCCAGGAGGAGCAGCCCCCAAGUACCUUGAUAGGCAGUCUGGCCUCUGACCAAGGCCUUCCAGACUCUGGACACCUGUACAAGCUGGAGGUUGGCGCCCCGUACCUGCGCGUGGAUGGGAAGACGGGGGACAUCUUUACCACAGAGAUCCCCAUAGACAGGGAGACGCUGAGGGACUGCCGCAGCCUGGUAAGGGGCAAGCCCUGCUUCCUGGAGUUCGAAGUGUCCGUCACUGACCUGAUCCAGAACCAGAGCCCGAGGCUCAUCGAGGGUCGCAUCGAGGUCCAGGACAUCAACGACAACACGCCGCAGUUCCCCUCCCCCGUGCUCACCAUCUCUGUCCCCGAGAACACCCACAUGGGCGCACUUUUUUCCAUCCCCCUGGCCACAGACAGGGACUCGGAGAGGAACGGUGUGGCCGACUAUGCCCUCACCGCGGGCCCAGAUGCGGCCACACUCUUUGGCCUUCAGGUGGCGGAGGAUAGGGGAGAGAAGCUGCCUCAGCUCAUUGUCCUGGGCAGUCUAGACCGGGAGCUUAAGGACUCGUAUGACCUGACUAUCAAAGCUGUGGAUGGAGGAAACCCCCAGCGGUACAGCAGCGCUUUGCUGAGGGUGGUGGUUGCUGAUGCUAAUGACAACUCUCCGAAGUUUGAGAAGGCCACGUACGAGGCUGAGGUUUCAGAAAACAGCCCUGUGGGACACUCUGUGUUGCAGGUGAAAGCCAAUGACUCUGACAUGGGCCCCAACGGAGAGAUAGAAUAUACACUACACCAGGCAUUAGACCCAGUGCCAAAACUCCUACGAAUUGAUCGCUCCACUGGCACCAUUUAUGUCAAAGGGCCCUUGGAUCGGGAAGAAAUCAGCGAUUUGACAUUCUACGUUGUGGCAAGGGACAAAGGUCCCCAACCUAAGAGCUCCAAGACCUUUGUGACAAUCAAGGUGACUGACCAGAACGACAAUUCCCCUGCAGUGGAGAUCCGUGGGAUUGGCCUCGUGACCCACAGUGACGGUGUGGCCAAAAUAUCAGAGGACAUGCCUGUUGGCACAGCGGUAGCCCUUGUCCAGGUGUCUGACAGGGACGAGGGGGAGAAUGCUGUGGUCACCUGUGUGGUGGCGGGGGACGUGCCCUUCCAGCUGCGCCCAGCCAGCGACUCGUCCACAGACAACAAGAGGAAAUACUUUCUGCAGACCACUACCCCACUGGACUAUGAGAGGGUCAGGGAAUACCGUGUAGAGAUCGUGGCUGUGGACUCUGGGAACCCGGCGCUCUCCAGUACCAAUUCGCUAAAAGUGCAGGUAACGGACGUGAACGACAACUCACCGGUGUUUUCCCCAGCCUUGUUCGAGGUAGACUUUGCCGAGGAGAACCAGCCGGGGGACAAGGUUGUAGACGUUGUAGCCACCGAUGCUGACAGUGGCACUAACGCGGAGCUAGUCUACAGCAUUAUUGCAGACGCAUCGACCAGGGGUUUGUUUGAGAUAGGCCCCGUCUCUGGGGAGGUGAGGGCGCGUAGCCCGCUGGACAGAGAGCAUAAGGAACGCUAUGAGUUCCGCGUCACGGCUUCUGAUAAAGGCUCCCCCAGUCACAGGGGAACAGCCACGGUGGUGGUCAAGGUUCUGGACCGCAACGACAACGACCCCAAGUUCAUGUUGAGUGGCUACAGCUUCUCCGUUCUGGAGAACAUGCCCCCUCUCAGCCCUGUUGGUAUGGUGACUGUGCUGGACAUGGACCAGGGAGAAAAUGCCAGAGUGCAUCUCUCUGUUGAGCCCGAUGGAGGGAAGUUUGUGGUUCAGAACGGAACAGGAACCAUCCUGUCCAGCAUAUCCUUUGACCGGGAGAAGGAAAGCACAUACACCUUCCGCCUGAAGGCAGUCGAUGGGGGAGAGCCUCCCAGGUCCUCUUAUGUGGGUGUUACCAUUAAUGUCCUAGAUGAAAACGACAAUGACCCGGUGGUCACCAAGCCCUCCAACUCCUCCUUUAGGCGACUGUCUCCGCUUGCUCCCCCAGACAGCCGCGUGGAGCUGGUGGAGGCUGAGGAUCUGGAUACCGGGCCAAAUGCAGAGCUGGUCUUUAGCAUAACUGGAGGAAACCCAUAUGAAUUGUUCAGCAUCUCCUCCACUACUGGGGAGAUCACCCUGGCGAAGGAACUGACACGGAAACAUGGUGGGCUCCAUCGCCUGGUGGUGAGAGUGAGUGACAGGGGCAAGCCGGCACGCCACGCCACAGCCCUGGUGCACAUCUAUGUCAAUGAGACCAUUGCUAAUGUCAGCCUGGUGGAGGCGCUGGUGGGACACAGCCUCUACACCCCUCUGGAGACAGACAUUGCCGGUGACCCCGACUACGGCCUGGCCGCCCAGCGUAGUAACAUCCUGUACGGAAGCCUGGCGGGAGUGGCGGGCGUCGUCAUGGUGAUUGCGGCGGUGGUAUUUAUCCGCCACCGCAUCCAGAGGGAGACGAAAAGCGGUUACCAGGCGGGCAAAAAGGAGACCAAGGACCUUUACACCCCCAAGCAAGGGCCCAAGAACGGCAAAGGCAAGAGGGGGAGGAAAGGGAAACCCUGCAAGUCCCCCAAACCCUUGGGAGAGGAGGAGGAAGUCGGCCUUCAGAAGAGUCUCAAAUUCAACCUGGAUGGUGUCAGCGACAGCCCUAGAAUCCACCUGCCCCUGGCAUACCCCCCAGGCAGCCCUGACCUGGGUAGACACUACCGCUCCAACUCACCCCUGCCCUCCAUCCAGCUGCAGGCUCAGUCCCCAUCGGCCUCACAGAAACACCAGGCUGUCCAGGACCUCCCUGCCACCAAUACCUUUGUAGGGACUGGAGGAGACGACAACUCAACAGGCUCAGACCAGUACUCGGAUUAUAGCUACAAGGCCAGCCAGCCAAAGUACAACAGCAAACAGCUCCCCCACCGCAGAGUGACAUUCUCCACGGCCAAUCCGGUGCAGGAUCUGCAGGAUGCCUCUCAGCACAGUUACUAUGACAGCGGCCUGGAGGAAUCCGAGACGCCCAGCAGUAAGUCAUCGUCCGGCCCUCGCAUCGGGCAGCUGACCCUGCCUGAGGACCACUACGAGAGGACCACCCCGGACGGCAGCAUCGGCGAGACGGAGCACCCCGAGAACGAUAUGCGUUCCAUUCCCGAUGUGGCCAUGACGGGAAACUGUACUCAGGAGUGCAGUGAGCUGGGCCACUCAGACACCUGCUGGAUGCCUGGGCAGCCCUCCCCGGUACGCAAGACCAGAAACCUCCCCAAGCUGUCCACCUUCGUGCCUUACCAGGAGAGAGGGAGCCUGGGACGCCUGGCCAACGGGAGCGUCAGGCUGGGCGGGGAAGAGCUCCGGGCUCGCCUCCCCCCGUCCCGUAGUGCCUAUUCCAACAGCAGCCACGCCCCAGGUCAGGACUGCCCCCUGGAGGAGGUGCCCCUGAGUGUUGCCUCUGAGUUCCCUUCCACCUCCCCUCCUAGCCACACCCCCAAAAGAGAGAUCUACCUGUGAGAAAGCCCCACCUCCCAGGUCUGAGUGGUGCACAGAUGAGAGGAGGAGCCACAGAGACACACCCAGAAAAAGAAACGUGCUCUUAGGAUCUGAAACAUCCGUUAUUUGAAAUAAAUACCCAUUCUGUAGGACAAAUGGUCUGUGAUGCGUGGUAUCAUUGGUAUGUGCAAUAGGAGUUUUUCAGUUUAUUUAUUUUAUUUAUUGACAUAUUUAUUCGUUCAUUAAUGUAUUAAUUAGUUAAUGUAUUUAUUUAUUGAUGCAUUUCCUUUGAAAGCACUGGUUAAACACUUGUGGUAAUAUCACACUAAAACAAGAAACAAUGGUUUCCUUAAACACUGCUGAUUUGCUUAGCUUAGCCCCACCCUGUGGAAUGUUCUCUGGAACUUCAAUAUGUGAUCUGGGCUUUAGUGCCAUAUAUAGAUAACAUUCAAAUGACAGGCGAUAACACCCCAAGGGUACACUUAGCGCUUUUGAUUCAAAAUCUAAUGGAAUGGUCUUUCUUAUUGUACAGUGCUGUAAAUACAUUUGAAUGGUGUACGCUGUAAACUGUAUAUAUUCCUGUCUGGCUCAAGCCGAUAACAUUAGCCUCAGAAUUUUAGCAUUAGCUUUUCUUUGCUGCUGCUGUUUAAAACUUGAUUCAAACAUUUUCCAAAAGCUUAGAUGGAUGUUGUAGAAAGGCUCUUGAUUGAAUUCCAUCAUCUACUCACGAUCACACACACAUACCCGUGAACCCUAGUCAUGAUAGAACCAUGGCCUUUUUACCUCAUGCUUCCUGGAGAGCUCCUCAAGCCAGUGAGGAGAGCUGUGUGGCAGUAUUGAACAUGAAAAUAUGUGUUUCACUGAGCCUCAGCACUGUGACCCCUCUCCUUUCUUGGAAACAAUACACAUAGAAGCCAACGCUCACGGUCACACAGACUAUUCCCUAACCUCAAACACACAUUCUGAUAGGGGUUGACCCUCUCAGAGUUGAGCACGUCGAUCUCGACCAAGAUGGGACCAUAUUCUGUGUUCUGCGUGGGAAGCUCCUCUCCGACGCUAGGUCUCCCUAUGACUGGACAACGCUGAGAUAAUCAGGGUCUCUCCAUGUAGAGUUCACUACUAAGUUCAGCCCCGCGUCACCAGCUUCAUUAGGGUUUCUUCUCACCAUGCACCAUACAUUUGAAUAGUUGUGAUGAAUGCGAAAAGGAGCUAUUCACACAAGUUUCAGUGGAGAACUCUUCAGCCCUGAGAGCCACUGAAGUGACUGAGAGAGCUGUGACUAAACUGUCUCACAAUAACUACGCUUUGUACAUUCACAGGCUGACUUCUGAAAGGUUUCAUUCUGUUGUUCUCACUUUUAAAGAAGGCCACAGUAUACUGGGACUACGAUAACGUUUGGUGUGCACAGAAGAAAAGCGAUUGCCAAUGCCUUAGAAAAAAAGAAAACUCUGGUCACCAUUUUAUUUAAAAACAUCAAUUUUAAAUAAACUUAAGAAUUAUAGCUGAAGUGUACUUACUAUCUCAUAUGUCCAGUCCAUUUCCAGUUUCCAGGCCAACAGGUUAAUUUAGGCCGUUAGCCAUUGUUAGCCGUUGUUCCUCCCUCUUCAAUUGUGCUGAAGAUGCAGCACAUUCCUGUAGGCUUCAGCAGCUUUCUCGGACAAAGAUUUGUUUUCAAAGUCAUUUUGAAAUCAGACGUCUGGAGGACACACAGCAUUAGUACGUAAUUGGAUGAUGAUAAUGCCACCAGCCCGCCUCGUGGCACAGUAGCAUUACUCAUAGCUUUUGAUUGGUCGACUGAUUCGAUUGGAUUCGUACGGUAGCCCCUGUUUUGACCGCAGUGUAUUUCUAUGGAGAGGGAGGCCGUGGGUCUGGUCUGAUUGGGUGGAAGAAGGCUCUGCUCCCCUAAUUACUGUGAGUAAUGAGUCCUGAGCGAAGGCAUAUGUGAGCAUACACCCUGAGGACAAUGCAACAGCCACAUAAUACAAAUCCAUCCGCAAAACUACAAUCAUUUAAAAAGGGGUUGUUUUUUUUAUCUCCGCUUGCCUCAUCGCACCACCGUCAGGCUGCACAAGCAGAAUAGCUAAAGUAAAAAUGUAUGAAAAUUACUGGACAUGGCCAUGAUUAAAGGAGGUGGCUGAUUAUCCUAGCCUUGAGUAAAAAGAAGCACAUUAUGCUGUUUUCAAAGCCAUUUAACCACUGAAAUAAAAUCCAGCCAGAGUCUUGAUACACUGUGAUGAAGCCGCUCCGGCACCCUCUCAGAGCAGCGCAGAGCAGCUUCGCAGAGCUACAUCAGCGGGUGAGUUUACUGACCUGGAAUUAACGAUAAGUGUGAAAGAUAGAGAUGAGUAAUAAAGCCAGCGUCACACAGCCUCAAUCACUGGCUUUGUCUCCUACGCUGUCUGACUUCUUUCAGAUUCACUGGCUUUGUCUCCUACGCUUCUGUCUGACUUCUUUUAGAUUCACUGGCUUUGACUCUGACUAUUUAGAUUCCUUUAGUCUUCGGACUUAAGCCUGAGUCUCCUGAGUGAAUCAGGCAUGAAUCACCAGGUUUAUCUCUUUACAAAUGACGGUCAGAAUUACUGUGUGGCUUCUCUCUGAUUUGUCUGAAACAUUGGUCUUGACUCAAUACCAUAGGAAUCAAACAAAUCAGUUUAAGUUUACACCAACACCCGUCUUUGCAUUCAUUUUCUUAUUUUUUUCAACCUGAAUAACUGUGUCGUACUCCUUCACUCCAGCCUAUAUCAAUCGGACACCACCUCUUUGUAUAUUCAAUUACAUGGUUUUACCUCUCUUUUGAACUCAUGCUGAAUAUAUUAUUUCGUGUUGACCAAGUAUCAAACCAGGAGGAUGGCCUGACAACCCAUCAUACACUCCCCAGUAUGUCCAGUCAUGUUGAGUUUGUAUGAUUCAUUCCAUGUCAAGUUCACCUGAGCAUCAGCUGUCUCUCUGUAGUGGUUCAGUAUGGUGGUUGUAGCUGUGAACUGAUGACAUGAUGUUACACUGAAGACCGGGUAAAGGAUUCAAAUCACUCAUAGCAAUGUUUUUACGCAGUGUCUUUAUUUACAAAAUGUGUCUUGUGCCCACUAGAGUUGGGGUACGUUGCAUUUCAAUUCCAGUGAAAAAGUGAUUCAACCUCCAAUUCCACAUUGCCCUUUUUACAAAGCAUUGAACAGAAUUUAUACAUAUAUUUCUGUAUGUGUCCUAACUUGAGUGGAAUAUACAACUGACCCCAACACUGGUGCCCACUCUCUUGUAAUUCUGAAAGUAAAAGCAUACCUGCAAAGUGGGUUUCCCUGGUACAAGAUGCAGGUUUUUUAAUAAAGUACCUAAAACCAGUCUGUGUAAAUACUCCAAUGCAGGUUUGAUUGAAUUGAGCCCUAAGUCUCCUUACUAAAUCAAAGUGAGCUAUAUGUGACAGAUCUCUCCUAAAGGUGUAUUGUACAUAGUUCAACACAUCCCUAUGUGUGCUGUCAAACAGGCUAUGAGUUUAGCAUGAAUUCCAAAGAUAAUUGGUAGAAAUUGUUUACUGUUUUUUGCUGAGAUGCUAGUACUGGUUUCUGUUCAAGAACCCUCUCCCCAUUGACAUUCGCUGCACAUUUCAUUACUGUCACGGACAGGUCACACUAAAACAAAGACAGCUGCCUUGAAAGUAUGUCUUUGCAGGAGAUUAUAAAGUCGUUAUCCUAAUUGUUGGUUAUAUUUAUAUAGGACAAAAUGCUUGUGAUGCCAUGUUUUUGUACAGUUUUAUGUACAUGCAAGUGAAGCUUUUUAAAACUUACGACAAAAGCCAAUGGCAUAUAAAAAUUGUAAUGUGUUUCUUGAGAUGUGCACAUAUUGCCUUGGUUGGAUUUCUCUUUGAGCCAGUGUGAAUGUGGCUGUUCUCUGCCUGCACCGUAGUCCUCACUGGCUCCCUGCUCCCGAGGGCUUUAUCAGACUUUAUGUUUAUUGUGAACAGUGGAUUGUUGGAUCCUGUUUGUUCAAUACCCAUGUGUUCCGUUUUGUUCGGUUUUCGCAUGUUGAGAAAAAUUCCCUUAUAAUAAGUCCUCAAGAAAUUUGUAUUAAAAUGAGUCCAGGAAACAAUGCUUUAA